UCUGAGAUGGCCCGCACCAAGCAGACUGCACGCAAGUCCACCGGUGGCAAAGCGCCGCGCAAGCAGCUGGCCACUAAGGCGGCUCGGAAAAGCGCGCCGGCCACCGGCGGCGUGAAGAAACCUCAUCGCUACCGUCCCGGCACCGUGGCUCUGCGCGAGAUUCGCCGCUAUCAGAAGUCGACUGAGCUGCUGAUCCGAAAAUUGCCUUUCCAACGCCUGGUGCGAGAAAUCGCUCAGGACUUCAAGACAGAUCUGCGCUUUCAGAGUUCCGCGGUGAUGGCCCUGCAGGAGGCUUGCGAGGCCUACUUGGUGGGGCUCUUUGAGGAUACCAACCUGUGUGCCAUCCAUGCUAAGCGAGUGACUAUCAUGCCCAAGGACAUUCAGCUCGCUCGCCGCAUUCGUGGGGAGAGAGCGUAGAGGUUUCCGGGCAGUAAUUCUAUCCAA